UUUAUUUUUAUAAUUAAAUUUUACUAUUGUUGUUUUAGUUUUUAGUCUAAAAAAGGUACUAUAUCUCUGUUUGAUGAAUAAAUAAAUAAAUAAAUGAAAGAUAAGUUGAUACUGAAAAUAAAAAAAUAGGGUUUCCGCUUCUGAAAUGGGAACUUCCAUGUGGCAACCCUAUUUGAAAGGAAAAAUUGUCACAUAACUAAAACAUUCAUAUCUUUGUUAUUAGGCCGGAUAAAAUUUUUUUUUAAAUGCCAAACGAAAGUCAAAAUAUUAAAAAAACAUAAUAAAAUAAUAUAAAGAACGUAACCCUACAAAUGUGGCAACCCCAUACAAAUGAAUACAACACUGACAAAAAUCUUCUUUGAACAAAACAGUAUAACCUUCAAUGCACUAGAAAGCUAAACUAUACGCCAUAUUUUAGAUAAUACUCCCUUCUAUCUAAAAAAUGUCGGGUGCCACCUCGCAAAUGCAGACAAGUACUCGGCAACCCUAUCCAAAUGCUAAAAAACGCAAAAAUCACUUGUUUUUUGACAUUUGGAUAAGGUUGCCGAGUACUUGUCUGCAUUUGCGAGGUGACAUCCGACAUUUUUUUAGAUAGAAGAGAGUCUAAGCUAAACAGGAUGUAUUUUAUAGCCUUUAACUAUAUCAAAUAUUAUACACUUUGGCCAAAAAACAAUUGAUUUUUGCAUUUGGAUAGGGUUUUAGCAUUUGGAUAGGGUUGCUGAGUACUUGUCUGCAUUUGCGAGGUGGCACCUGACAUUUUUUAGAUAGAAGGGAGUAUUAUCUAAAAUAUGGCGUAUUGUUUAGCUUUCUAGUGCAUAAAAAGUUAUACUGUUUUGUACAAAGAAGAUUUUUGUCAGUGUUGUAUUCAUCCCCUGCAGGCCAAGAGCUCGUAUUCUGGUCCCGGCCUUACACACGUCAACAGAGAUGGUUCUCCGACUGAUUCAAUUCAGUAACCCUUCGAUGCCCACUCACGAUUGGAAAGUCCCAAUCAUCGAAAAAGAGCGGGUGGGGCGCUAUCGUUCUGCUCUUGUUAUUAUUAACAAAGAAUCACUGGAUCCUCUGGCUGCAACCGGGGGAGUUAUCCAGUAUGGAUUUGAUAGCCUUGUGCUAAAAAUGUACAAAAAAGAUGAGGAGAUGGCAAGGCUUGCAGGCCAUAUGGCUGAGUCUGAAAUGGAGGAAUUGGGCAUAUGUAAAGCACUUUCAGCAAUGGAAGUGCAUGCAUCAUGCAGCUCUUCCAUUCCAGAUCAGUCGUCAUCUUCGACAGUUCCCGAAGAGGGAACAAAACAAACCCCAGUGUCAGUAAAUGACGCGAACCAAAACCCAGCGUCCGAAAAGGACGCGAAAACAAUAUUUUCCGUAUUGGAAGAUGAUGAGAUGGCUGGAAGUUUGUCCGACAUGAACACUGUCAACGUUGCGCAGGAGGAUCUUCUAUCUGAGGAUGAGUUAUUAAACUCUACCUCAGAAACGGAAGACCUAAAUGCCACAGUGGUGGAGGUUGAUCGUACUGGUUGUAGCCAUGCUGCAGGUAGUACAGAUUAGUCUCCAACACUCCAUAAAGGCUUCGGCCGCCCUUCUUCUCCGACUAAGCGAGUCCAGGUGGAUAUAGUCCUGAUCCAGGAACCUUGGAUUGUAAAAUCCUUGGUGAGAGGCCUUGGGACGAAAGAUUAUUCUCUGCUGUAUGUGACGGAUAAAGGUGAGCCUAGAUCCUGCAUACUAGCAAAGAAAACACUAACAGUAUUUUUACUACCUAAUUACAGCGAUCGUGAUAUCACAACCGCUAGACUGCAGACCUCCAAAGGAACAUAUUGGAUUACGUCUGCUUAUCUAGGCCAUGAUUGUGGGCCGCCUCCGGGGGAGACACUUGGGCGAAUGAUCGCAGCAGCAGCGAGCCAAAAAGUAGAUCUCCUCAUUGGCAGUGAUGCUACUGCUCAUCACACAGUGUGGGGGAGUACUGACGUAAAUGAAAGAGGUGAGUCACUUUUUGAUUUUAUUCUAAGUACUAGUCUCCUUAUUUGUAAUAUUGGUAAUGAACCUACCUUUGUCACAAAGAACCGACAAGAGGUAUUGGACAUUACCCUUAUAUCACAAACAAUUCACCACAAGAAAAUGAAUUGCGCUGUAUCUAAUGAUCACUCAUUCUCAGAUCAUAGGUAUAUCCAAUUUAGUCUCGAAGAUGAAUGCACAAAACUCACCGGUUUUCGUAAUUAUAGGAAAACGGAUUGGGUGAAAUAUAGGGAAACUUUUACUACCUGCUACGAUAAUCAGGACAAUAUUUUCCCUUCUAAUACAGAUGAUCUUGACUUAAAAGUCAACGAUCUCACCAAAGCUCUAAACAACUCCAUGGCUAACUUUGCCUCUUACCAUAAUAAGAGGAAAGAAAAAACCGCACUGGUGGAACAAAGAGCUAGAACCGCUCAGGAAAGACUGUAGAAAGGCUUUCAAUAGGGCUAAACAAACAAGGAACCCAUUAGACUGGGACCUGUAUAAAGUUUCUCUAAAAAGUUACAAGAAACAACUACGGAAAAGUAAAAGAUCCUCCUGGAGGAACUUCUGUAGUAAAAUUGAAGAUUCCUCUGAGGCAUCUAGACUUAGAAAAAUCCUUUCAACUAAUCCAACCAUGCCGAGCUCCCUAAAAGACUCAAAUAGCGAUUGGACUAGCUCCUAUGAGGAAUCGCUAAACUUGCUACUAGACACUCAUUUCCCUGGUAGCUCGAACUCAAAAAGUGACAUUGGUCACCGACCCAACCAAUUUUAUCAAAUUAGUAAAGAUCUUAUUUCCAAGGAUAGACUAAUAUGGGCAAUAAAUAGCUUCCAUCCAUACAAAUCACCUGGGCCAGAUGGUAUCAUACCCGCUGAAUUACAACACGUCUCAGAUAUCAUACUACGAAAGUUGGAAAUUAUAAUGAUAAGCUGCAUAAGCUUCUCGUAUAUUCCAAAGGCCUGGAGAGAAGCAAAGGUGGUUUUUAAACCAAAGGCGGGAAAAUGCUCUCAUGUCACUCCAAAAGAUUUAAGACCUAUUAGUCUAUCAUCCUUUCUGCUUAAGACUCUAGAAAGAAUGAUAGAUAUCCAUUUAAGACAGGAAAUUGAACCAUGUCUGAUCUCUAAGGCACAACAUGCCUACACUAAAGGGAAAUCGGUGGAAACUGCUAUCCAUUCUCUGGUAAGCACCAUUGAAUACUCUCUACACUACAAAUAGUACACUCUUGUCGCCUUUUUAGACAUAGAGGGUGUUUUCAAUAAUGUCAGGAACUCAGCAAUCAUGAAUGCUCUUGACAAUCUCAAAAUAGAAGACCCGCUUAAGAACAUGAUAGAAAUCAUGCUUAGUAGCAGGAUUAUCAGUUCAGAGUUGGGAAACUUCAAAACCCGUAGAGCAGCCAACAGAGGGACCCCUCAAGGAGGGGUCUUAUCGCCUCUCCUAUGGAACUUAGUAGUCAACGAACUGCUGCUAGACCUAGAGGGAGAAGGUUUUAAGGUUAUCGCCUACGCGGAUGAUGUGGCAAUUGCCGUAUCGGGCAAAUACCCACAGACACUUGCAGAACUUCUAAAAACAGCUUUAAACAAGCUAAUUCACUGGGCUAGAGGAUGUGGAUUGGAUAUUAAUCCCCACAAAACGGAACUUGUCCUCUUCACGAGGAAAUACAAGAUUCCAGACUUCAAACUCCCUACAAUUAAAGAGGUAACACUUACUCUAUCCGAUCAAGCUAAAUAUCUAGGACUCAUUUUUGAUAAAAAACUGACCUGGAAGCUCAAUAUUGAAGAAAGAGUUAAAAAAGCCAAUGUGGCACUCUUUUCAUGCAAAAAAGCCAUUGGUGGCAAAUGGGGAUUUUCUCCUAACAUUGCACACUGGCUGUACACAUCGGUCAUAAGACCAAUACUUACAUAUGGGAUGGUAGUUUGGUGGACCGCACUGGACAAAACGAUAAACUUAAACAAGCUUAUCAAAGUCCAAAGGUCAGCAAGUAUAUGCAUAAGCGGUGCGCUGAGGUCAACCCCUUCUGACGCCCUAGACAUACUUCUAAAUCUCACACCCCUAGACAUCUUCAGCAAACAAGUAGCAGCUAGCUCAGCUACUCGUCUAAAAGCAACCUCUCAGUGGACCAGUAAUCAUAUUGGCCACACAAACAUUCUAAACAUUUUCGGAUUCCUUCCGGAUCGUCUAGACUAUACCACACCUCAACUGGUCUUCGAUAAUAAUUUCCAGAACUCCAUUCCCUCCAGAACUGAAUGGGAGAACCUUAGUACUCUGGAUAAUGACUCUUUACACUUCAAUACUGACGGUUCAAAAACCAACGGAAGUGGUAUAUUUUCUGAAAAACAGAAUCUCAGUCUCUUUUUCCGCUUACCAGACCAAUGUCGCGUGUUCCAAGCAGAAAUUCUGGCGAUUAAGGAGGUUCUCUCUUGGCUCAGAGAAAACGUAAUAUCCAACACGGAUAUUCGGAUCUUCUCGGACAGUCAAGCAGCCAUUAAAUCUCUUGCCUCUGUCUCUACAAACUCAAUCAUGGUCCUCGACUGUCAAACAUCUCUAAGGGAGAUGUCUGAGCAGUUUAACAUUCACCUCGUAUGGGUGCCGGGACAUAGAGACAUCCCAGGCAACUGCAGGGCAGACGAACUUGCCAAACUAGGAACAAUUACUGCUCUUCAACCAGAAAGGAACAAUAUAGGAACACCUAUCGCUACAUGCAAACUUAUGCUAAAGCAGGACGCUUUAAAGAAAACCAACCUCAGAUGGACUCAGAGUAAUACUUUCCUUGCUACUAAACAAAUAUGGCCUUGUAUAGACUUGAAACGUUCAAAGGGUUUGUUAAAUUUAAACAGAAUGCAUAUUAGCUCCACCAUAGGUGUCCUUACAGGACACUGUCUAAUAGGUAGACACGCAAAAAGAAUGGGCGUGUUCUCUAACGAUUUCUGCAGAAGUUGCAUGGAUGAAGAAGAAGAGGAAACUGUUUAACAUCUUCUGUGCACCUGCCCUGCUCUCUCUAAUAGAAGAAAACUCCAUCUAGGAGAAUUCUUCUACGAAUACACUAGCGAUCUAGUGAAAACGGACGUUAAAAGUCUAUCUUCAUUCAUAAGAAGCACCGAGUGGUUCGGCUAGUGAGUCCCAACUUGCUAGUCUUUUGUGGUAUCACAAUGGAUCCAUAAGGGUCUAAGUGUGUCGGGUAAUUUGCCUGACAGCCACUACUACCUAACCUAACCUGUAUUCAUUUGAAUGGGGUUGCCACAUUUGUAGGGUUACGUUCUUUAUAUUAUUUUAUUAUUUUUUUUUUAUAUUUUUACUUUCGUUUGGCUUUUAAAAAAAAUUUGUAUCCGGCCAAAUAACAAAGAUAUUAGUUAUGUGACAAUUUUUCCUUUCAAAUAUGGUUGCCACAUGUAAGUUCCCAUUUUAGAAGUGGCAACACUAUUUUUUUUUUUCAGUAUCAACUUAUCUUUCAUUUGACACCAAUUUUAACCUCUAACCUUAUGAGCUAAGUAACUCGACGGUCACCGCUUGGACUAUAAGUUCUUAUACGUUUUACACCAAUCAUUGGCUUUUUGGGACCAAUUACAGAUUGUACUGUCUCUUCGAAAAAAACACCCUUUCACCUAAAUUUGCUUUCUAUCCCAAACUCAACGUUUUUACCGAAUUUCAUUAGGGUGGCCCAUCAAUAUUGUUUUCACACAAAAAAACACCCUUUUAACCAUGAUAUUUUUAUACAUUUUAGAUUCUUGUUUCUAAUCUUUAAAGUAACAUAAUUGCUGAGUUUCAAUAUGAAGCAGUAGAAACAGAGUAGUUUGGAAACGCAUAUACUGAUGAACUUUGGCUUACUUAGAACUGCUUAUUCUCCACAAAAAAUAAUGCUGUAUAAUUGUAUCAUUUUAAAUGCGAUUCUUGAAAUGUUCUCAUGAAAAUAAAUAAUAUUGCAUGUUAAAUAAAUUGUUAAUUGUUAA